AUGAAAAAUAAUAUCUCACGUGCAACGAUAAAUGGAAACGUAACGACACGUGUUCCGACCGGGAUAUCGUAUGUAGACAGUAAUGCUACGAUAGAAAACACUAUCUUUUUGAAACCAGGCAAAUGGCGAAAGUCGAUGGCUAAAAAGAGCACCACGCUGAGGGGUAGUUCCAUCGUGGAAGGGCGUCGGAUGACCAUGCAACUAGCAGACUACCAGGCAUCGCAAACAUUGGUCGACGUAACAAACAAAACGAUUGCGGAUGAUGAUGGGCCCCAGUCGGAGAUGCACAACGUGUCUUUGCAGCAGUUCCAUACGCCAGUAGUUUCCAUGAAAACCGUAACCGAUCAGUGUUAUUUACGCUUGAAAAGUGCGAGAAACGAAGUAUUUCAACGCUGUGGGCAGCAGGAACCAAUAUCAUUCGAGCAAAUGGUCGACAAACUGCAGAUAACCAUAAAACGUAAGAUCGGGGAAGGAGUUUACGGUGAAGUAUUUCUCUGCAUCAAAGCAAAUGGCGAGCAGUGCGUGCUGAAGUUGAUUCCCAUCGAAGGCAGCAUGCUUAUCAAUGGCGAGAGGCAGAAAACGUUCGAAGAAAUACUAUCCGAGGUGAUAAUCACCGCGGAGCUGAGCAAUUUGCGUCAACGAAAUGUCCAGUUCAGCACGGACGGGUUCGUGGAGUUGCGCAAUGUAAGCUGCGUGAUGGGCCAGUACCCCAGCCAGUUGGUAGACCUAUGGCGGGAUUACAAUAAAAAGCAUGGUUCGGAAAACGACAGCCCAGAGGAGUUUUCGCAGGAUCAGCAGUACAUAGUAUUCGAGACAGCGUACGGCGGGACCGAUUUGGAUAGUUUUCGUUUUAAAAAUGCCAACGAAAUGUUUUCCAUAUUCACGCAAAUCGUACUGACCUUAGCUAUCGCUGAACAGCGUUACGAUUUCGAACAUCGUGAUCUGCACACCGGCAAUAUACUGAUCGAGAGAACGAAGGAGAAGCAGCGUAACUUCUAUCUUCUGGGUGAAGAAAUUGUAAUUCAAACGCACAAACUCAAGGCGACCAUAAUUGAUUACACCCUGUCACGUGUCGUGUACAACGGCCUGUGCCUGUUUAACGAUCUCUCCACUGAGGAAGAGCUUUUCACCGCGGAAGGCGACUACCAGUUUGAGAUCUAUCGCAGCAUGAAGACGGUACUGAAAAACGAAUGGAACGUAUAUUCGCCGAAAACGAAUGUGCACUGGUUGCACUAUUUGCUAGAUAAGCUAAUCUGCAACAGGAGCUCAGGGAAAGUAACGCAAGACCAUAAAGCUGUACUGCAAUCGAUGAAGGAUUUACGCGACGUGCUGCUAGAGUUUAACAGCGCACAUGAAAUUGUACAGAACUACAUUACAUCUCCUGCGGGUGAUGCGCACAAGGAGAACUCCAAACCGAUUCCACCGUCAUAG